AUGGAGGUGACUAUUGUUGACUCUGAGCCUUCGGUAGUAGCUCUAGUUGAUUAUCUCGACCAUCUUCCGACCCAACCACCGUCCCUCUACCUGGACAUCGAGGGCGUGAAGCUCUCCCGGCAUGGUUCAAUUUCUAUCCUUCAGCUUUUCGUCUUUCCCAGAAAUCACGUCUUUUUGAUUGACAUAUUCAUUCUACAAGAAAAGGCGUUCUGUACUUCUAAUCGUUCCGGGAUAGACCUGCGAUCGAUUUUCGAAUCGGCGCAGGUGCCGAAAGUGUUCUUCGACGUCCGUAACGACUCCGAUGCUCUCUUUGCGCAUUUCCAGAUCUCAAUGCAAGGGAUCCAUGACAUCCAGCUCUUGGAGGUUGCGACUCGGUCUUAUCCGAAGGAAAGGCUGAGCGGGCUCGCCAGGUGCAUCGAAAAUGACGCACAGCUCACGGUCGAAGCUUUAGGGGCGUGGAAAGCUACCAAGCAAAAGGGGCUGUUAUAUUUCGCGCCAGAACGUGGUGGUUCAUAUGAAGUGUUCAAUGUCCGGCCGAUGCUUCAAGACAUCAUCCAUUACUGUACGCAAGAUGUGGUGUAUCUUCCUGUAUUGUGGAAGAUGUUCACUCGAAAGAUCUCCACAAAGUGGAUGAGAAAAGUACAAGAUGCAACAAGCGAAAGGGUGCGUGAGUCGCAGACGGCAUCGUAUGAGCCUCAUGGCAAGAACAAAAGCCGGAGUCCAUGGGCCAAAUCUGCCAAAUCUGGGGGAGGUAACCGCCCUGAUGGUCCCAGCGACACUAGGGCGAGAGAUCCCGGGAGGAAGACAAUGACCACUGUUGCACAAAAAGCUGUGACAAAAGCAGCAAAGAAAACAGCAGCAACGCAGCCAGCCGCAAAACCACACUCUCAACGGUCAGUAGAAGAGCCAGGUCUAAGGCGGUCAGCGAGAUUAACAGCUUUGAAAGCUACACAAACGGCUCCCGAAAUUACUGCGGAGCUUGAACGCCCACUAUCCAAGAUUGAUCUCCCAUCUAGAAGCAAAAACGAGCUAGAGGGAGAAUCGCACAGGAGAACAGGCCCUACUCUAUAUCCUGACACGGUUCACUCGAAAUGGACAUGCAUCACAUGUGGCCGGGAGAUGCAAGAACAUCAGAAGGAGGACCACUUGGCAGGCAAACAGCACAUCGCACGUGUGAAGCGGACUGCCCCUCGUCCAACCGGGACAGCCAAGCAGAAGACCCUCCGGAGCGACGACUGUCACCACGAGGAACCCCCAAACAGAAAGCUUUCCCAUCGAAGCCAAACCUCGACAGAAAAACCCUGCCGCGGGCACGAAUGGCAGGAAGAGACAAGCAGCAGUGCCUGGAAUCCGCCAAAUCGGAAUGCCGUACCCACCCGAUCAUCUGUUUUCCGGGUUCGAGGGAUGCGUAGUCCCCGACGACCGGCGGUACGGAAAUCGGCAGUAUGA